AUGGCCCGCAGCACAGUAUUCAGAUCGGAACAAGCAUCGCUGAAGCAAGACCCAACACUUCAACUCACCAAAGUUCAAGGCCCGAUCAAGUUCCUGAAUCCAACUCAAGCACGCUUCGACCACGUCUACGCCGGGAUACCAGAGUCAAAGGUCAAAAUCCUACCAGUCGAGGUGCAGAAGAGCAGCGAUUCAAGUCUGCAAGUGGUUACAUCGAUUCCGGCCACGGAGAAGCACGUCAAGCCUGAGCUCGCUUUGCUUACAGAUAUUGUUCCAAUUCAGAAGGGUGUCGCAGUGUCGGGGGGUUCCAUCGUACAAUUCAAAUGGACGAGCAGGAAUAGUCGCAAGAAUCGACACGCAAUUGUUGUCAAGCCUUCCUCGGAUGACAAGAAUGCUGCCGUGAUACCACCGCCAUUCACGGACACGACACGCGAAGUCCUACGCGGGACUUUCAGAAUGUUCACGACGUUUCCACUGUCCGACGUGAGCUGGCUGACAGCUUUCAUCACCGCGGUUGCCAGCCUGGUCUGGCUGGCCAAUUCCUGUUUCGUGUUUCUGCCCUUCGCACGACCCGCCAGAACAUUCAAGGACGAGACUCUUUACUCCGUACUUCUUAUGAUAGAGGCCGUCAACGAGAACCGCUCUGCUUCUUUUGGAUGGGAAGUUGUUCAGCUGAUCGAUCGACAGACCGAGAGUGGCUUCAUCAGUCUACUCCUGCCCUCGAUGGACCUCCGAAAACACGGCCUUCUUCGGAACUGGCUUUCAAAAGGGCAUCCCGCGGACACCAAAGGUCAUUUUGACGCAGAUGUGAAGCAAGGCAAUAAGUGGGUGUGGAUCCCAAGCACAUACGACCUGCGAACACAUUAUUUCCGCGACGUCGGAUUUUUGGCCUGUUUAUUCGCAGCAACAGGAUCGAUGAUAUAUCUCAUCUCUAGAAUAAUGGGACUACCUGGAAUUUUCAAUCAUUUGUCUUUCCAACAGCUCGAGCUCUUUUACUGGACUUCCGAGGUGCUCGGUGGUAUAGGCAUGGUCAUAUCUGGGUUGCUGUUCACCCUCGAGACACAACGACAUUGGUGGCAGCCGGCUUACCAUAUUCUUGGAUGGUGGAUUGGAAUCUUCAAUCUUAUUGGGGGGUUUGGGUUCUUCAUUGGCUCGUGCUUCGGUUAUAUCCCAGUGUACUGGGCCCAAUAUCAGGCCAAUUGUGCGACCUUUUGGGGAGCGAUGGCUUUCGUGAUCAGCUCCACGCUACAGCUUUAUGAAGCUUUGAACAAGCAUCCCGUCGAGCGGGGAUAG